CGACGCGCAGGUGCUUCGUUUCAUAAACCUAUAUAUAUAUAUUAUUUGUAUAAAUUUUUUUUCUUUUUUUUGGGGGGGGUUAAAUAUUUUUCUGAAAAAAAAAGAAAAAUUUUUUUUCAAAUUUAUUUCAUUUUGUAUUUAUUUUUUUCAUUUUUAUUUUUUUUUCAUUAUUAUUUUUACAUUGAAUCAUCGAUUAUAAUAUACAGAUUUAUCGAAAAAUCGUGCUUUUUUUCCAUAUUUAAAUAUUUUUGUGUGUGUUUGAUAAUUCUUAAUAUUUCCCUUUCUUUUUUUUUUUUUUUGGUGAUUAAUAAAAAAUAAAAAUAAUCGGGAAUGAAAAGAACAAGGCGAAAAGAAAGCGAAUUGACUUAAAAAUCACAUCUCCAAGUCAUUUGCCUUUUUGGUGUUGUUGUUUUUAGAAGAGAAGAAUUUUGUGAAAGAAAGAAAAAAAAAAGGCAAAAACUUUUUUUUUUCUCAUCCUUAUCCGUUUCACCCCCCACUGUGUAAUUUUUCUCUUUGCCUUUGCAGUUGUGAAAACAAAUUCACAACUUGUAGUUUAUCUCAAAGACUAAUAUUGUUCAUCUGAAAAAGAAAAAAAAAAUUCAUCAGCGUCAGAAAAUAUCGAAGAUACACGAGUUAUGACUGAUGUCAAUGGCCUAAAAUUUAAAGAGAAACCGGAAGUUCAAAAAAUCCUUGCCAAUCAUGAUGUUAUGUACGUACAUGGAUUCAAGCAGAAUUUUCUAUCGACACUUUUCAUUUAUUUGUCCUACAUUAUUACUGCAGGAUUAUUGAGACUCAUUUUUCAUUGGUAUCCACAUUUACAACUUUACGCAACACAUAAAAAAUGCCCUUUAAAUGAAGCAACAAAACUUCUCAUUGUUAGUAACUAUCAAGAAAAGCAUAAAACAUAUUUUGUGAAAAAUAUACUGACAAUUUCAACAACAAAUCUAGGAAAUAAAUCAAUAGCAAAAUGUUUAAAAAACGAGGACAAAAAAUUACUAAAAAAUAUCGAAGGAAAACAAUUGAAUUUUCAUUUAGAAAAUGGAAUAGAAAAAAAUGUUGUAGAAUAUAAAGCAUUUUGGUACAAAAAACAAUGUUUUAUUUGGGACGAAGAAACUGGUCAAUUUUCAAAAUUAAUUGGCCUCGAAAAAUAUGUCCCAAACGCUGAACUUCAUCUAGGAAAUAAACAGGGAUUAUCGAAAAAUGAACAACUUUUAAGGAGAAUUACCUAUGGUUACAAUGAAAUAAUCGUACCUGUAACAAGUAUUGGUGUUUUAAUAAUUUUAGAAAUUUUGAAUCCAUUUUAUAUUUUUCAAAUUUUCACAUUAAUACUUUGGUUUUCGUCAUUUUAUUAUUAUUACGCGACUGCAAUUCUUUUUAUGUCAAUUGGUGGUAUCACAACGUCUGUCAUUGAAACUCGUAAGAAUCAAAAAAAUCUUCGUAAUACUGUCGCUUCUACGGAGACUGUUCGUGUUUUACGUGACAAUGGGGAAUUUGAAAGUGUAUCUAGUUCUGAUUUAGUACCUGGUGACAUUAUUGAACUCCCUAGAUUUCAGGGAUUGGUGGUUUGUGAUGCUGUGUUACUCACUGGAAAUUGUAUCGUUAAUGAAUCAAUGCUCACAGGUGAAUCAGUACCAGUAACAAAAACUCCGUUACCAAAUGAUCAUAUGUUUUAUAAUUCUAAAGAUUGUGCUCAUCAUACACUUUACUCAGGAACACUUAUAAUUCAAACAAGAUAUUACAGAGACAAACCUGUAUUAGCUAGAGUAAUUAGAACUGGUCUGCAAACAAGUAAAGGAAGUUUGGUUGCUUCAAUUCUUUAUCCACCGCCUGCGGAUUUUAAAUUUGAUCAGGAUUCAUAUAAAUUUAUUGGAAUUCUUUCAUUUAUCGCAUUACUUGGUUCAAUUUACGCAUUAGUCAGUAAAAUAUCAAGAGGAUUUUCAGCAUGGGUAAUAGCUGUAAAAUCAUUAGAUUUAAUAACAAUAGUAAUUCCACCUGCACUUCCAGCAGUAAUGACUGUUGGUAAAAUAUAUGCUCAAUCGAGAUUAAAAAAGCGACAAAUUUAUUGUAUUAAUAAUCGUGUCAUAAAUGUUGCCGGCAGUAUUAAUUGUGCCUGUUUCGAUAAGACGGGAACUCUUACCGAAGAUGGAUUAGAUAUGUGGGGAGUUGUUCCAAAUGAAAAUAAUGAAUUUGGAGAGGUUGAAAAAAAUAUACCAAAGUUGAAAAAUCAUGAAAUAUUUCAGGGAAUGCUCGUAUGCCAUAGUUUAACUUUAAUUGAAGGUGAACUUUGUGGAGAUCCUUUAGAUGUUAAGAUGUUUGAAAGUACCGGAUGGAUAUUGGAGGAACCGGAAGUUGAGGACACUAGUAAAUAUGAUUUAUUGGCGCCAACAAUAGUGAAACCAUCGAAUAAUGAAAAUUUCAUGAAAAAUGUUAAUGAUAUUGCCGAAAUUGGAAUAAUAAAUCAAUAUCAAUUUUCAAGUUCCUUGCAACGAAUGUCUGUGAUAGUUAGAAUAUUAGGAUCGAAAAAUUUUAAAGUUUAUACAAAAGGAUCACCGGAAAUGAUUCUUAGUCUCAGUCGACCAGAAACAGUUCCAAAGGGUUUAAUGGACGAUUUGAAAAAAUAUACCGAACAAGGAUAUCGUGUUAUUGCCAUGGGUUCGGCAACUCUCAAUUAUUCUUAUGCCAAAAUUCAAAGAUUGUCGAGGGAAAAGGUUGAAAAAAAUUUGAAAUUUCUUGGUCUUGUGAUUUUUGAUAAUCGAUUAAAAGAACAAACAAUUGGAGUUAUAAAAACAUUGAGAGAUGCCAAUGUACAUGUAGUGAUGAUUACAGGUGACAAUAUUCAAACUGCCGUUAGUGUUGCAAAAGAAUGUGGAAUUGUUUCACAUGAAGAAACAGUAAUUAAUGUCACUGCAAUUCCAGGUGAUGAAAAAUCACCGCCAAAAAUAUUUUUCAACGCUCAAUGGCUUCCGGUUAAACUCAGCCAAGUGGAAGAAUCGAUAAAAAAAGCAUUCGAGAGUGUAGAGAAAAAAAUACAAAUAGAAAAAAAUUAUCGAUUUGCACUCACUGGACAAACGUGGCAACUUAUCAAUGAAUAUUAUCCGGAAAUAUUGCCAAAAAUUUGUGUGAGAGGCGCAGUUUUUGCACGAAUGACAAGUGAUCAAAAACAACAAUUAGUCGUUCAAUUAAUGCAACUUGGCUAUUAUGCAGUUAUGUGUGGAGACGGCGCCAACGAUUGCGGCGCUUUAAAAGCAGCUCACGUGGGAAUUUCUCUCUCGGAAGCCGAAUCAAGUAUCGCGAGUCCAUUUACGUCACGAAUACCAAAUAUCACAUGCGUUCCAACAGUAAUACAACAGGGUCGCGCCGCUCUCGUUACAUCAUUUGGUAUAUUUAAAUUUAUGAUCACCUAUUCGCUAACCGAAUUUCUCUCAGCGAUAAUUCUCUAUUCAAUUGAUUCAAAUGUCACUGAUUUACAAUUUUUAUUUAUUGACAUUUGUUUAAUAGUAAAUUUUGCCUUUUUCUUUGGUAAAACACAAGCUUAUGAGGGUAAAUUAUCAAAAAAACCACCAAUGACAAGUAUAUUGAGUUUUACCCCAUUAUUAUCAUUAACAUUACAAAUGUUGAUUAAUAUUUGUUUUCAAUUGACGGCAUUUUUUGGCGUACAACAAUUCCCAUGGUUUCAACCAUUUAAAAAUGAAGAGGCAUUAAAUUAUGCAUGCUGGGAGAAUUAUUCAGUAUUUUCAAUAUCAAUGUUUCAAUAUAUAACAAUGGCAAUAAUAUUUUCACGUGGUAAACCAUAUAGAAUGGCAAUUUAUACAAAUCGUUUAUUUACAUUGUCAAUUAUUUUAAUGACAAUUUUUGGUAUUUAUAUAACAUUAUCGCCAGCACAAUGGAUUAUUGAUGCAUUACAACUUGUAAUGCCAAUUGGUUACGAUUGGAGGGUAAUUUUGUUGGCAAUGGCGUUUGGAAAUUUUUUCAUUUGUUUUGUUAUCGAAACAUUUGUUAUUGAAUUUCUUAUUGAAAAACGAUGUAAACGAAAAUUUCAUCGGAUCAAGAAUUCAAGAAAGAGAUAUUUACAAAUUGAAGAAAAUUUACGUGAAAAUGAAAAAUGGCCAAUAUUAAGUAAAGAACUGCCAAUGUUAUCAAUUAAAAAUUCAAAUGUGGAAAAUUUAAUAAAAGACGAAAAAUCAUUGCUCACGGAAAAAUCGUCUAAUUCAAAUUUGAAUAAUAAUAAUAAUAAUAAUAGACAACAAUACUCGUCGAUAAAUGAUAAUCAAGAGAAUAAUAGUGGAAUUGAUAAUGUCGCAUUUUUCGUUGAUGAAGUGACAAAUUCAGAAAAUAUGAUUACGAAAUUUUAAUUAUAUUUUCUUUUUUUUUCUAUUUAUAUUUUAUAAUUAAAUACUGUAAA